UUGAAUUUUUACUAGUAUUUUGGGGUAAAAAAUAUGGCUUGUGAAGGUAGUUAUAUGUGGAGUUUGAGUGGUAUUGUGGCAGCUUUUGUUGAUCUUGCAAUAGCAUAUUUCUUGCUUUGUGCAGCAACAGUAGCAUUUUUAGCAUCAAAGUUUCUUGGUUUUUUUGGUUUAAGAUUGCCAUGUCCUUGUGAUGGACUUUUUGGUACUUUCCCAAAUGGGAAUUUAUGUUUUCAUAGACUCUUGAUUGAUUUCCCAGCUGAGAAAGUGUCUAAUGUUCAACUCUCUAUAAAAGCAAACUUCCCUUUUAAUGAUAAUACUAUUUUGGGAAAAGACCAGAAUUGUGAUUUGAAUUGGAGAUUAAUUGGUGAUAAAGAGAAUAGUCCUCAUGGGUAUCCUGAAAUGGGUGAUGAGGAUGGUUCAUGUAAUUCAGUAUCAGAUGCAAGAAAGUCACAUAAUAUUGCUAGGAUUGAGUUGAGUCCAAAGGGGAAAGGGGUGAUGAAUCAGAGACAAAGAGGAGGGAUUCGUCGAAGAAGGCGUAAAACAGCUGUUGAUUAUGGGAGAUCUUCAUCAGUUUCAUCAUAUGACCCUCCAUAUGAAGACUUUCCACUAAGUCCUCCAUCCCCUCCUAGUACCAACAAAGAAGAUGGUGGCAACCCUCCACUGGUUAUGAGAUUGGACCACAGAGACAGCUUUGACUUGAAUGGACUUCCUGAUGAAGUUGAGCACAUUGAAAAGAACGCUGCAUCCAUUGAAGAGUUGAAGCAUAACGGCCAAAUGGUUUCCAGCUUCAAUGAGGAAAACAGAACAAGACUCUUGGAACGGGCCUUAGAACACGAACAAGAAGCUCGAGAUGCUCUUUGCCUUGAGCUUGAGAAGGAAAGAAAUGCUGCAGCGAGUGCUGCAGAUGAGGCUAUGGCUAUGAUCUUACGUCUACAGGAGGAGAAGGCAUCUAUUGAAAUGGACGCCCGGCAAUAUCAGAGAUUAAUUGAAGAGAAAUCUGCUUUUGAAGCUGAGGAAAUGAACAUUCUAAUGGAGAUCCUGAUGAGGACAGAAAGGGAGAAACACUUUUUAGAGAAGGAACUUGAAGUAUAUAGGCAGAUGACUUUUCUUGGAAAUGAAGAAUCAACAGUCGAUAGUGGGAAUGUAGCGGAUGCUUCAUCUGAUCCUAACGAGGAUCCAGUUCUUAUGCUUCGGCAGAUUAGUGCAUCUUCUGACAAGGCACCGAUUCACAGGCAGAAAAAAGAUGUCAGCUCCCAGAAGCAAAUUGACUUAGCAGUGUCCUCUUAUAGCAGCCAAGAAUUUCAGGAGAAAGAGAUGGUGUUUACAGUUAACAGCUUUGAUGUGCCACCAGGGAAUAGGCAAAUACUGGACACUUUCUUGAAAUCCCCUGAGGCAGGUCUUUCAAAACAGAAGCUUUCUGAUCAUGCCAUUUCGCUAGAAGGGAAAGUGUUAAAAGAAAAUUCAGAUAUGGAAAGACAUGACAGAGAUUUGAAGUAUCAUGAGACAAUUGGAUAUCAGGGAUCAAACUGUCCAUGCAAUUUGACCUUGGAUAAAGAACCUCAAUUUCAUGAUGUUCAUGUGAUUGUUGACGGGUCCAACUUUUGCAAUGAUGUCAAUAGUGGUGAAUCUAGGAAAACUAGUCUCCCUAUGGAAGCUUCUCCUACACAGGAUGUAAUUAGAGAUCGUCCAAGUACUAGCACGUCUAAUAGUCAAGUGGAUCCUAAAAGCAGUGCGGACGCUGCUUCUGCGCUUCCGCCAGUGGGCCAACGUGGUAAAACUUUGCUAUGUGAUUUGCGGGGAAAUCCCAUGUCCUCAGUAGACAAUGAAAGGCUGAAAAUUGAAUCUAAAUUGGGACGGCUUCGAGAGAGGUUAAAGAUUGUGCAAAAGGGAAGAGAAAAACUUGACUUGACUGCAGAGCAUAGAGAAAGAGAAAAGAUGCAGUUAAAGCUUUUGGAGGAUAUAGCACGCCAACUUCACGAGAUUCGGCAGCUUACUGAACCUGAGAAGGCUGUACGACAGGCUUCCUUGCCCCUGCCAUCCUCCAAGGGGAUUGGCUCUUACCAAAGUACUCGCCAGAGAUGGCGGCGUGUAGAAUGUUAUCCCCAUCUUCCCUUCUACAAAGUUCAACUGGACCUUCUUUUUUUUCAUCUUGAACACACUUAUGUAGGUAGAGAAAAGCUUUUAACUUUCCUUGAUAAGCAGCUAUGAAUAAGGGGGUUUCCCCUUUUGAAUUGGUCUCCCGGAUGAGAGUAGGAUCUUCUGAGUUUACCAAACACUCAAUAAUGGGAACACUCCCGAGUUCUGCUGCAAGAUGAAGAGGCGUAUUCCCUUUUUCAUUCUUCUGUUUUAAGAUACCUAGUCGAUUUUCCUUUGGUAUGCUGGCAAUCAUUUCCUUAAUACAAGUAAGAUGAGGAUGAUGUAAAAGAUCGUCUCGAUCUUGAUGGUAAGAAGAGAUAGCUAAGUGAAGAGCAGUAUCUUCAGAUUUGGUGAGUUUGGAUUCAUGGACAAACUCGUUGUUGAUGUACAGUUGCUGAACUUUUGUCCACUUAUUCCCCAUUGAUGCUUGAAAUAUUUCAUCUUUAAU